AUGGAAAGAGAAUCUUCAUUAAAAGUAUGGGAAAAAAUGAAGAUUACAUUUGCAGCAGAAGAAAUUCCGGAAGAAAAUUUAAAGAGAACAAGUCCGUUGAUAAUUACAGUCACAGCUGAACGAGGAGAAAACAUUGUAAUGAAGAAGAACUCAGAAAUAUGGGCGGUAGAUAGAAUACUGAUAGAUACAGGAAGCCGAGUGGAUGUUUUAUUUUAUCGCACAUUCAAAGCAAUGGGAUAUGAGUAUGCAGAGAUGACACGUCCAACUUACAAUGUUCAUGGAUUCAAUAAAGCAAUCACAAAACCAAAAGGAGAAAUUGAGAUGCGAAUAUUAUUGGGAGAAGUAGUAACAAAGAUAACACUGUGUGUGAUUGAUAUAGAAUCACCAUACAACAUGUUGUUGGGAAGACCGUGGGUGCAUGGGAUAAAGGCUGUAGCAUCGACAUUACAUCAGUGCAUCAGGUUUCCAAUCCCAAGUGGUAUAGGUGAAAUCAAAGGAGAUGUGACGAGUGCGAAGAUUUGCAAUCAGAUAGAUGUAAGAAAUUAUGAAGGGAAAGCAAAGAAGCGAAACGAUCGCUGGAGAAAAGCAAAAGAAUUAAAAAGGGAGGAUGAAUUUCGGAUAUACAUGAUCAGAGCAAAAGAGGGAAAAGGAAUACCAAGUGAAGCACAAGCGAAGGAAGGUGGCCGGAUGAAAAAGAUUAAAGAACCAACACCAAUGGGAGAACCGAAGGAAAAUUUUAUCGCAGUGGAACCAACGAAAGAAAUAAAUGUUGGAUCAGAAGAAGAACCGAAAAUGUUAAAAAUAUGA